AUGUCCAACAGGGUAAUUGGAUGCAAGACUGCAAAGGAGAUAUGGGAUGCUUUGGAAAUCAGAUGUCAAGGAACUAAAGCCAUCAAAAAGAACAGAAGAACCAUACUUACUCAAGAGUAUGAACACUUUGAUUCCAAGGCUGGUGAAUCAUUGACAGAUAUAUAUGAUAGAUUUGUUAAACUACUGAAUGAUUUAUCUUUGGUGGAUAAAGAAUAUGACUUAGAGGACUCAAAUCUCAAAUUCCUAUUUGCUCUUCCUGAAAAGUGGGAUUUGAAGGUAACCACUAUAAGGGAUAAUCAUGAUCUUGAAGAACUAACUCUUGAUGAUAUUUAUGGAAGACUGAAAACCUAUGAACUUGAGAUGGAACAGAGGAGCAAACGUCAUGGAGGCAAAUCAAAGCCUGUUGCUCUAAAAGUUCAAGAGGAAGAUGCUAAGAACAAAGGGAAAGCACAUGUCACAAAGUCUGAUACUGAGUCAUCAAACUCUGAUAAUGACUCAAACUCUGAUAUUCCCUCAGACUCUGAGGACAAUGAUGAUGAGAUGAUGCAGCUAGCAGCAUUGAUGAUUAAAAGCUUCAAAAAGAUGGCUUACAAGAAGUUUAACAAAGGAAAGAGUUUCUCAAGAAAAGACAGAAACUCUGGUAAAACCUCUGAUAAGAGAAACUUCAGGAAGAAUGAAGGCAAAGAAGAAAAAUCUGGAAAAGCUGAUAAGUCCAAAUAUACCUGCUUUAACUGUGGUGAAAAGGAAUCAGAGGAGGAAGUUAACUAUGCCUUGAUGGCAAACACUGAUAACAGCUCUGGAGCUGUUGAAACUAAGGUACCUCAUUCCACUCUUGCCUUUGAUACUGAAGAUAUAACUGAGUUAAGACUGUUUCUUAAAACAUUGCAUGUUAGUUAUAGAGAUCAGACUUUAGAGAAUGACAGAUUAAAAUCUGAGAUCUUAGAUGUUAAGAAAAGGAAUAAUUAUCUUGAGAAAGAACUAGUUCAGAUGUUGGAAGUUCAGAAAGAAAGAGAUUAUUCUAUCUUCAUUAAAGAUGAGUUAUUAAAGAAAAAUGCUUCUCUUGAAUCAGAACUUGCUAAGGAAAGAGAGAUAAUCAAAACAUGGACUAACUCAGGAAAAAUCACUCAGAAUAUCUUCGAAAGUGGAAAAUGGAAGAGAGGUCUAGGAUACACUGAUAAAAAUGAAGCUGAGCCUGUUAAGCAAGGAUCUAUUAAAUCUGAAACUCCUAAGGUUGCAUCAGUCAGAUUUGUUGCUGAAUCAAAGACUCAUGACAAAUCCAAAACUGAUAAGCCUAAACAUGUUAAUAUAGGCUUAAUGACUCAGAAACAGCUUAAGCAUAAGCUCAAAGAGGUAAAACAAGAAUACAGGAUUAAGGAACCUAGGAAGAACAGAAAUGGAAAGGUAGGAAUAAACAAAAUCAACAACUACAUGCCUAUUCCUAAUGCUCCCAGGAAAACUUGCCAUAACUGUGGAAAUUCUAACCAUCUUGCUUCUUUUUGCAGGAAGAAUAAGGACAUAUACACUUUGUCUGCUAAAUCAGAAGUUAGAAAUAAGAAUGUUAGAUAUAGACCUGAUAAUCCUUGUUUUCAUUGUGGCAGCCUGUGGCAUUCUAUUUAUACUUGUAAAGAAUACCAAAGCUUGUAUUAUGAUUAUUAUGAAGUGAAACCCUCUUUGAAGAAAAAGAUUGAUUCUCCUGUUUCAAACUCUGAUAAAAAGUCUGUUAGCAUAAACACUGAUUUAAACUCUGAUAAAUCUUCCGCUGCCAGUGUUAACAAACUUAACAAGAACAAAGGAUCCAAACAAGGCAACAUGAAAAAUAUCCUAGUUCUGGACACUGGAUGCUCAGGACAUAUGACAGGAAAUAAAGUCCUGCAAUCAGAUUUUGUGGAGAAGGCUGGCCCAAAUGUUUCUUAUGGAGAUGGCAACAUGGGAAAAAUUUUGGGAUAUGGCAACAUCAAUCUUGGAAAUGUCAUCAUACAAUCAGUAGCUCUGGUCUCAGGACUUAAGCAUAAUCUUCUCAGCAUAAGUCAGAUUUGUGACAGAGGAUAUCAUGUCAAUUUCUUUGAGGAACACUGUGAAGUGGUUAGCAAAAGCACUGGAAAGACUGUUCUGAAGGGAUAUAGACAUGGUAACAUCUAUGAAGCCAAGCUUACUUUAAACUCUGAUAACUCUGCAAUUUGUUUACUGAGCAGAGCCAGUGUUGAAGAUAGCUGGAAUUGGCACAAGAAACUUUCUCACCUGAACUUCAAUAAUAUAAAUGAGUUAGUGAAGAAAGAUCUUGUAAGAGGACUGCCCAAAUCAGUAUUUACACCAGAUGGUCUUUGUGACUCCUGUCAGAAAGCAAAACAAAGGAAAUCAUCAUUCAAAAGUAAAACUGAGUCCUCCAUUCUUGAGCCUUAUCAUCUGCUACAUGUUGAUCUUUUUGGCCCACAAUUGGACAAAAUUUCUAAAGAUGCAGUAAAGAUCAUCAGGAGUGAUAAUGGCACUGAGUUCAAGAAUUCUAAAAUGGAAGAGUUCUGCAAAGCAAAUGGAAUCAAGCAAAAAUUCUCAGCACCUGGAACACCACAACAAAAUGGUGUUGUAGAAAGAAAGAACAGAACUCUGAUAGAAGCUGCUAGAACCAUGCUGGAAGAAGCAAAAUUGCCAACUUAUUUCUGGGCUGAGGCUGUGCAAACUGCUUGCUUCACACAAAAUGCUACACUGAUAAAUAAGCAUGGGAAAACACCAUUUGAUAUGGCUGAUGAAGGAAUCUUUGUUGGGUAUCCUCUGUCAACCAAAGCUUUCAGAGUUUACAAUCUGAGAACAAGAGUAGUCAUGGAAUCAAUUCAUGUCUCGUUUGAUGACAAGAAAAUAACAGGUAUGGACGAUUUUGAUGAACAUGAGCAACUGAGAUUUGAAGAUGAAGAUGCAUUCUCUGACUCCAUAAACUCUGAUUCUGAAAUUAUAUCAGAGUUUGUCACUUCACAUCAACAACCUCAAGCACACGUUGAGGGGGAGCAUUUUCACAAUGAACAUCUGGAUGAAAAUGAUGCAAACUCGACAAAACCCAAGAAAGUGGAGGAGGCUCUUAAGGAUGCUGACUGGGUAACAGCAAUGCAAGAAGAGCUUAAUGAAUUUGAGAGAAACAAAAUGGAUGUAAAGAGUGCUUUUCUUAAUGGGGAGCUGGAGGAAGAAGUGUAUGUUGAACAACCUCCAGGUUUUGUAGACUCUAAAUUUCCAGACUAUGCCUACAGACUUGAUAAGGCACUCUAUGGACUAAAGCAAGCACCAAGAGCAUGGUAUGAAACUCUGGCUCAAUUUCUUUUGGACAGAGAGUUCAGUUCGAGUGUGGAGUUUGUGGGUUUAGUGGGUGCUCGUACUUCAGUUCGAGUUUGUAGGGAGUUCGAGCUCGGAGUCUGUUCAAGCUCUGUUCAAGUCUAUUCAAGCUCUCUUCGAGUUGGAGGAGUUGCUUAUCAUAAACUGAUUGGAGUGGUUUUGUAUAUUGAAUUAGCUAGCUAG